CGGUGAUGAGUGAACACUCCACGAGCAUUCCGGCCGGACUUAUUCUAAUGAAUUAAAGUUUUAAUAACAUGCUCCGAUCGAAAAAGCCCACUUCGCUAAGCCAACACACCAAAGACGUAGAAAGCACCGAUACAGGAAGCACUGAAGGCAAUUCGUUUGUCGAUGUCGGGUGGGUGGGACCAAUCACGCUUCGUAAACGUGCCAAACCCGAACUGGAGAACGCGCGAUACCGGGAUAUCUCCCUCAAGUUGUCCGUUCAAGAGGUCAAAAAUGUUACACCCAAAGGAAGCAACCUUCCCGAGAUAUCUAUCGUCACUAUCAACCUAUACAGACAGGGAUCCGUGCUGGUCAAAGACAAAAAACAGCGUGGUAAAGGUCAAAACCAAUUCAUCGCUUUUGUCACCAUCCCAAUAUCGGAUCUGUCGCAGUCGUCAGAACAGCAAAAAUGGUUACCUAUGCGAUCCCCAUACGACACAUUACACAUCGUCAAUUCCAACAACUGGCAAGAAUUGGCAUGCGGCGGAAAUGCCAACGAACCAAGAAGGCUGAACUCCGUCACCGGAUCGCCCGGUGGAGCCCGGUCUCGCAAGCGUUCAAUGCCCGUAACAUGUUUUCGUCCAACGCCAUCUAAUACGGACUACUACGAGACAGAAACAAACCCCACAACAGAAAAGUUGAAAUCUUCGGGGAAAAAGAAACGAUCGUGGGUGGCAGGUCUAUCCACAACUGCGGAAGUUUCUGCUGCAAAGCAAUGUGAAACGUCCAUCGCCAAGUGCUCAUCUGCCAGUAACUCACCGACAUAUUUACUGAAGAAUAAUGUAUUUUCGCUCACGCAAUCACCCAUUCCACAGUUGAGGCUGAACAUUCUAUACGAGGCUGUCGAUGUGUUGCCGUUGGACUACUAUGAAGACUUCCAAGAACUUUUGAGGUCACAUACAAUUGACAUUCUUCGGUUUUUGGAACCAAAGUUGUCGGCAAAACAAAAGGAGGAACUAGCCAGCUGCAUUGUAAAUAUACACGAAAAAGUAUCCAAUCUCUCCGUGACUGACCUACUUGCUGACCUGGUUAGACAGGAAAUAGCUGAAAACGCGAACCAGAGCAUGUUACUACGGGCGAAUUCUAUGGCAUCCAAAGCAAUCGAAUGUUACAUCAAGUUGGUUGGCACUGAGUACCUGCACAGAAUUUUGAAGGGCCCAAUCGACCAGCUCCUGGUUUCUGUAGAAGAUUUUGAAGUAGAUCCUCAUCGCAUAAAACUUCCCGACUCCGCCGGCAUCACUGUCAUUUCUCAAAUUGAGAGAAACCAGGCUGCUCUCCUGAACCAUUUGUCGACUAUCUGGAACCGAAUUUUGGAGAAUACAAGGCGCAUUCCUUACGAACUACGUGAAAUCUUCACUACACUACGCUGUCUGUUCGAGCAAACACUGGGUCCCCAAAUCGCGAUCCAGUUGGUCUCCAGUUGUUUAUUUCUCCGAUUCAUUUGUCCAGCCAUACACGGUCCUGUACUGUUUGGGCUUACUCCUUCAAUCCCCGAAUCAGCCAGGGUAUCCCGAAACCUCACUCUCUUAGCAAAGGUAUUGCAAAAUCUGGCCAAUAUGGUCCCUUUUGAAGAGAAGGAGAUUCACAUGAAGAUUUUCAACCCGUUCAUGGAGAAAGAAAUCCCCGUCAUGCGAAAAUUUUUGGAAUCUAUUUCCUCGGCAGACCUAGAUGACGAUGAGUCCUCAUACAGUGACUGUCAUCACUACAUUGACUUAGGCUACGAGUUUGCCAAGCUGUCAUCGGUUUUAUCGAGAUACGUAAAGGAAGAGGUGGUAUUGCAAAAUCUGGCCAAUAUGGUCCCUUUUGAAGAGAAGGAGAUUCACAUGAAGAUUUUCAACCCGUUCAUGGAGAAAGAAAUCCCCGUCAUGCGAAAAUUUUUGGAAUCUAUUUCCUCGGCAGACCUAGAUGACGAUGAGUCCUCAUACAGUGACUGUCAUCACUACAUUGACUUAGGCUACGAGUUUGCCAAGCUGUCAUCGGUUUUAUCGAGAUACGUAAAGGAAGAGGUGGUUCCGGAUGAACUGUCCAGAUUGCCAGAUAUACUAAAGUUCAUACACGAACAUACUAACGACACCGUGUUAUCUUCCUGGACUCCCGAUAUGGUCUCCUGCCGCCGAUUUACAAACUAUGUUGAUGCACCUAGUCAAGAACAACCACUGUCCCAAUUCCGAAGAAAGUUCACUAGUACCGACAGUAUACUCACAAAUCCACACCUGAGCAAUUUUGACGCUAAAGAGUUUCUACAGUCCGGAUCAGUGCAGUCGUUCAAUCCAGAAUCGAGCAACAUCCCUGCGGAGGACACAGAAUCAGUGCUAUUCAGCAACGAACCGUCGGUUCCACCCAGCCCACACUUGACCAACGAUGCUAUAUCAACUGAUAUAAUCCAGCAAUACACUCAAAUACAGAAUGCAAACAGUUUCCUCUACACCUGGCCUGAAGUGGUUGAUUCACUAGCGGAACAGUCAGGUUCGAAAGUUGAGACAAUGGAACAACUGAUUUCUCAAUACAAAGAACAACUCCGUCAGCUAAACGCGUGUAUUGAACAAGUGGAAAAUAUAAGCCUGACAACGAAACCUGUGAAUGUCAAAAAGAUCUUCCAAGGUGAAGGAUUUGCACUUCCAUCCUCUCUAGGUACCGUGCCAGAAACGAGGGCAUGUAUUGGAGUUAAAAAUGGGAGUAGAGAUCAUGAAUUCCCGUGGUCACCGAUUAAUCGCUGCGGCCAGGACGGUGUGGCAAUUACUAAUGAAGGAAGUGAUUAUGAAUAUGGUGAUGAUGAAAAGGAAGUUGGUCAUGGUCACUGCCGAAGUGAACCUGUGAGGUUCUGUUCAAGCGACCGCGAGGUAGAAAGACAGAAGGUCUUGGCCGAAUCUCCUAGCUUAGAUCAGCUGUCCGAUCGGCUGCAAGAACUGAGACACCUGCUAAAGCACGAAAGACAUGAACUGGCCCAAGUAGUCGCCGAGAAAACCAUGGCCAUAAAGGAACAAGAACAAUCGAUCGAAAGAAUGGUAUCGGAAUUGGACCAGCUAAGGCGACAUCCGACACCUGGUGUUGGGCCACUGCAUCCCGUAAAUUCAUCUGCUAGAUUGUCCACACCCGGAACGAUAAGUCCAUCGUCUUCGUUUUCCUCCGGAUGCUUUGCGUCCACCCAGUCGGAUGAUCUGUCUGGCAACCCGAACGAAAGACGACCGUCCGAAUCAAACGCAUUCUGGUACCAAAAAUCUGAGUGUUCGGUUCGAAAACAUCAUAUACAGUACACGGGGAACAAACUGCGAUCACAGAGUUUUCAUUCCCACUCCUCAUCAAACCGAAUUAAACUGAAUGGUGGCUCAGAAGUGCUAGGAACAACACAGACGGGGCCAAAUCUGCUGGAUCUGAGUCGUGCCAGUGAAGGCACAGGUAUCCCUCUUGGCGAUCUCAUCAUAUCUAAACACUCUAUUCCAGUUAAAAGAAGAACUUCUGAAACAAAAUUAAUGCGCAAUUAGAACUCUGUCCAUUAAUUUGCGGCUUUAAUUUGCUUUUUUUUCUAUAUGACAGAACAGCAUCGCUUCAUCGCAUCGCCAUUGAAAACACCGCGUGAACUAUCAUUUAUUUGUCUUUCUUUUCACCCUCUGUUUUGCUGUCCAUUAUGUACAGCCCCCAACACCAAGCUUUGUAUAUUUAAACCCUCUUUCAAGCGGAACAACAGUUCAAACUGUCAUGUUUGUGUUCGUAAAAAUCCCGCUUGACCCUCCCGCAAGCCGUCUAGUGCUUACUGUGUUUGAAUGCAACACCCCUCAGUUCAUGUAUAUACCUACAUAUUUUCCAUUUUUAUGCUUAUGGCAAAAGAAUGAC